AUGGGAUAUUGGGAUAUGUCUAUGAUUCCCUUCUUAAGUUCAACACCAAUCGCAGCAUCGUACGGAAACAUUAUUUGUGUGUUUGAGCCGGUGGAGGUCAGUCCACAAGGAAAAGCACAAAAACAGAAGCGGAGCUAUCACUGGCAGAAGAGCGGGCAGUUCGUCCUUCAGUCGGUCGCACAGAUCCUGACGUGGCACCCCACAGGCUCGUGUCUGCUGACGGGCUCGUCGUGUCUGCAGCUGUGGUGUGACGCUCAGUCCAGCGCAGAGACCGAACCCGCUGCUCCUCAGCGCUCCUGGAGAAGCGUUUGGCAGUGCAAGUCCGCCGCUCCCACUCACUUCAUCAAGUUCUCCCCGGAUGGAGAGUUUUUUGCGACCGCAGGACAGGACGACUGUCUGGUGAAGGUGUGGUACAGCACCAGUAAAUGGCAAGCAGACGUCACCAAACUCUUCACGCCGCUCGACCUGCGCUCCGGAGCCGAGAUCAACUUCUCCUUCAUUUACCUGGCUCACCCUCGCUCCGUCACCGGCUUCUCCUGGAGGAAGACCAGCAGAUACAUGCCCAGAGGUGCCGUGUGUAACGUGCUGCUGACCUGCUGCAAGGACAGCGUGUGUCGCCUGUGGGCCGAAACACUGCUGCCCAGCGACUGUCUUCUGUCUGGACUCAGACACAAUCACUGCAGCAAUGACGUGAUGAAGAAUAACAGCAUGAAGAAGAGCUCCAGCAACACCCGAGCGCAGAACCAGAACCCGCUGGAGAUGAUUCCUGGCUUCCUGGCUCCAUCUGAUGGUCACGAUCGCUGCAUCUCGUGCCUGGGCUUUGAGCACGCUGAGGCAGCGCUCGUGGGAGAUUCAUGUUCUCAUUGCGGGAACAUGACCAUCGCGAUGUCGCGAUCGAGGCUCCUCUUCAUGAAACGAGGGGGAGUCUCCCUUGCUAUGCCCCGAUCAAGUUCCUCUGUCUCACAGCAGCGGAGGACUACUUCGGCAUAUGGUCAGGGUGAUCUGAGGAUUACAGUGAGGGCUUCCCCACUGAGUGCAUCUCCGCGGGCCCCUCACUCCUCCAGCACAUCGCACCCCGUGGUGUUCCAGCUAGUGCCUCUUCCGUCCUCACUACCCUCAACGGCGGGGCGGCUAAGGUGUAUGUGGAGAUCCCCCCCAGUCGAGCGCGCUAUUGCGAUGCAGCUUUGCCCGCAGAGCACUGCUGCCUGGCAGGGUAAUCCACGCCUCCCGUCCAGAGCUUGUAAGUUCUCGUCCGCUCUAACAGCCAAGGCUUACAGAGCUGCUGGACAUGCUGCCUCCGCCCUGCACGCCAUGGCCCUCCUGCAAGUCUUCCAGGCCAAGGCAUUGAAGCAGCUGCACGAGGGUAGUUCUGACCCGGGUGUGAUGCUGGAGCUGUGCACUGCCCUACGGGCGACGAAAGUCACGGUGCGGUCCCUGGACAUCCCUCUGCUGCCCUCCAUCUCGUCCAUGAACGGCUCUGAUGAGGAGGAACCGGGCGGCCCUUUCACCGUUCACUGGCUCAACAACAAAGAGCUGCACCUGACGCUGAGCAUGGAGGUGUUUCUACAGCAGCUGAGGAGCAGCGGCGAGCAGAACGGACCCACAGAGCGCUACGAUGCUGAUGAGGAGGGGAGCGGUGCUGAUGCUGCGGCUCUGGGCUCCGUCUCUCUCCCUGCGGUGGCGGUGGAUCAUCUUGUGGAUGUGCUGCUGAGUGACUGGAACAGAGCAGCAGACAUGCUGUUUAGUAUCCACCCGAUGGACGGAUCGCUGCUGGUGUGGCACGUCGACUGGCUGGACGAAUACCAGCCCGGCAUGUUCCGACAGGCGCAGGUUUCCUUCGUGUCCAGGAUUCCCGUGGCCUUCCCCCCCGGCGACGCCAACUCUCUCAGCCGCAGCGUGGUCAUGUACGCCUGCAACAGAAAUGUGGACCUGGCCAUGCAGCACGGCCGUCAGCGUCCCGCGGGCCUGCCACACUCGUCCUCCUCCGCUCUGAUCGGACAGAGCCAGAACAAACCCUCCUCCAGCAGCCUGCGUCUCAGCAUCUUCACCCCCAGUGUCCUGAUGAUCUCCAAACAUGCCGACGGCUCACUCAACCAGUGGGCCGUCAGCUUCGCCGAGGACUCGGCCUUCUCCACGGUGCUCAGUGUGUCUCAUAAGUCACGAUACUGCGGCCACCGCUUCCACCUCAACGAUCUGGCCUGCCACUCUCUGCUGCCGCUGCUGCUCACCACCUCGCACCACAACGCCCUGAGGACGCCCGCCGCCGCUCUGACCGCCCCAGCCCGCAGGAGCAGAGUCUCGCAGGACCCCAGCGCCAUCUACAGCGAGCUGAUCCUGUGGCGGGUGGAUCCGGUGGGGCCGCUGUCGUUCUCUGGUGGCGUGUCGGAGCUGGCCAGGAUCAACUCGCUGCACGCCUCCGCCUUCUCUAAUGUGGCCUGGCUGCCCACACUCAUCCCCAGCAUCUGCCUCGGUGUGUAUGGAAACUCACCCAGUGCCUGCUUCAUCGCCAGUGACGGACACUCGCUCCGACUCUAUCAGGCCAUCAUCGAGGCCAAGAAACUGCUGAGUGAACUCUCCAACCCCGACAUCUCGAAAUAUGUUGGAGAGGUGUUUAACAUCAUCAGCCAGCAGUCGACGGCUAGACCAGGCUGCAUCAUUGAGCUUGAUGCCAUCACAGACUUUCAGGGGAAAGAGACGCAGCUGCUGCACGUGUUCGAGGAGGACCUGAUCUUGGGAAGCGAGAAAGUAGACGACUGCCUGCAGGAUUCUGUUCCCAGCCGGACGCUCUUCUCCGCUCGCUUCUUCCUGGUGGUGGUGGAGAUCACUCAGAGCGGCAGGUCGCUGCUGCACAUGUGGCAUCUACAGCUGGACGCAGUUCCUGUCGUUAUGGAGCAAACUCAAACUCCAGACAGAGAGACUGUGUCUCCAUCAUUUAACUUUGAGACGGUCGGCUCACCACAAACCCCGAGACCCAAACUGAAGACGUCUAACCUCCAGAGCGCCUGCCGCCUCACUCUGACCAACACAAAAGUCUUCAGCCAGGAGCUGGAUCUGCCGCAGGGCGUUGAAGUCAUUCGUGUAUCACCUGCUGCAGGUCAUUUGAGCGCCUCGUCUCUGCAGCCAGCCGGACGCUCUCCGUAUCUGCUGGCCACGUCUUGCUCAGACGGAUCGGUUCGGUUCUGGAGGUGCAGCGCCGUCUCUGACCCCGAUGGCUCUGCUGACCCGUCAUACGUCUGGGAGGAGUGGCCUUUGCUUGUGGAGGAGGGCGAAGCCAGCAGCAGCGCUCUGAGCGUGUCCGGUCAGCUCAUGGGUCUCAGCUGCUGUCACACCAGCAGAGUCGCAGUCGCGCACCGGAGCCACGAACCCAUCAUGCACAUCAGCAUCUUCCAGUGCGACUCCACCGGAGGCUCUCAGUGGAUUCUGGAGCAGACGCUUAAAGUCUGCGGCGCAUACAGCCCCAGUGCCAGCGACUGUGAUAAAAGCCUGAGUAACGGCUGUUCAGUUAAGAGGCAGGUCCACUUAGACUGGGUUUCCAGAGAAGAUGGCUCUCACAUAUUAACUGUAGGUCUAGGAUCCAAACUUUACAUGUACGGGGUGCUUUCUGGAACACCUCCAGAUCUGGGUCUGUCCGAUUGCAGUAAGGAGCGCAGCUGCUCUCGAUUGGUUCUCCUCCGAGUGGUGGAUCUGGUGUCGUCGGUUGAAGGUUCGCUACCCAUCCCUGCCUCUCUAUCUUGGGUGCGAGAUGGCAUCUUAGUAGUCGGGAUGGAUUGCGAAAUGCACGUUUACUCCCAGUGGCAGCCGCCGGCUCCAGUCAAACUGUCGCGCACUGGUAGCGUGACGUCGGUGAAACAGGAGGGACUCAGUCCGAAUCCUUCGAAAAAGACCCUCACCAGAUCCAUGACUAGUUUGGCUCAGAAACUCAGUGGAAAGAGAACCGUGUACGACCUCCCGGCCGAGAUGGAGGAUUCUGGGUUGUUUGAGGCGGCCUAUCACCUGUUUCCUACUCUGCCCCAAUAUCACCCAGUGCAGCUGUUGGAGCUCAUGGACCUCGGGAAGGUGCGCCGGGCCAAAGCCAUCCUGUCCCAUCUGGUGAAGUGCAUUGCCGGGGAGAUCGUGUCUAUGAAGGACACUGCGAUUAACCAGGAGCGGCGUCUGCGCUCGCUCACCAUCAGCGCCAGCGGAAGCACCGCCCGAGACCCGAAGAUGUUCAGCAAAGCUGAGAGCUCCGACUACACCGAGAUCGACUCCAUCCCGCCACUGCCUCUGCAUGCGCUGUUAGCCGCCGACGAGGAGACCGCUCCUAGUGCCAAAGAACGAUCGGAGAGCGUGAGCGCUCACGGCCAAAGUGACGCUUACAACGAGCUCUUCCAGACCGCCGGCGUCAGUGCGGAUGACAUGCACCCUUUUGAUGGAGAUGAGGAGGAUGCAAACGCUAAAGUCAUUGAUUUGUCAAAGUACAGCCCUACGUUCUUCGGCUCCGAACAUGCACAGGUGUUAUCGGGACACCUGCUUCACUCCAGCCUGCCGGGCCUGACGCGGAUGGAGCAGAUGUCUCUGAUGGCUCUGGCGGACACCAUCGCUUCCACCAGCACCGACAUUGGAGAAAGCCAAGGGAAAGGCCAAGGUGGAGAGACGCUGGAUGAAUGUGGGCUGAAGUUCCUGCUGGCCGUUCGCCUGCACACCUUCCUCCUCACGUCUCUGCCUCCGGCUCAUCGCGCUCCGCUUCUCUGCCAAGGACUGUCCACCUGCCACUACGCCUGGGCGUUCCACUCCGAGGCUGAAGAGGAGCUGCUCAACAUGCUCCCAGCUCUGCAGAAAGGAGAGCCCGCGUGGCCCGAGCUGAGAGCCAUGGGCAUGGGCUGGUGGCUCAGGAGCACCAACAAGCUUCGCAGAUGCAUUGAGAAGGUAGCAAAAGCUGCUUAUCAGAGAAACAACGACCCGUUAGACGCAGCCUUGUUUUAUCUGGCCAUGAAGAAGAAAGCUGUGGUCUGGGGACUGUACAGGUCCCAUCAUAACGUGAAGAUGACGGCGUUCUUCAGCAAUAACUUCAGUGAAGACCGCUGGAGGAAGGCAGCGCUGAAGAACGCUUUCUCUCUGCUCGGAAAGCAACGUUUCCAGCAUUCAGCGGCUUUCUUUCUGUUGGCCGGAUCCCUGAAAGAUGCUGUUGAGGUUUGUAUAGAGAAGAUGCAGGACCUUCAGCUGGCUCUGGUGGUCUGUCGGCUGUACGAGUCUGAGUUCGAGAUGUCCUGCAGCUACAAGCGAAUCCUGCAGAGGCAUGUGUUGGGUCAGGAUCACCAGAUCGCGGCCCAUCAGGACCCUUUCUUACGCAGCAUGGCGUACUGGGUCUUAGAUGACUACAGCAGGGCUUUGGACACGCUGCUCGAGCCCAAUGCAGACACGUCACAUGAAGGAACCGGAUCAUCUCCCUGUAGUCCUGAUGUUUUUAACUUCUACACCUACCUCCGCACACACCCGCUGCUGCUGCGGCGUCACUUCGGCUCCUGUGAUAAAGCUAAAGUGGGUCUGACCGCUGAAGGCCGCGCCAUCAGCCUCACAGAGAGGAGGCUCUUCUUCACCGCCGCUUAUGCACACUUACAGGCUGGCUGCCCCAUGCUGGCUUUAGAGGUGCUCUCCAAAAUGCCAAAGGUCGUGAAGCGCUCAAAGCCGUGCGAGAAUUCGCCCGAGUCGUCGAGCGAGCACAAAGACCAGGCCUCGGCUCCGUGGCUGGCUCUCAAUGGCUUGGAGAGGUCCGUGUCCUCGCUCUCGUCUCCCAGAGAGGACAGCCAGUCGGACUCUGUGCUCAGUUUCGACUGGAGCCAGCCGUCUGUCACCCUGCAGGACGAGCCUCUGGAUCUCAAGUGGGACAGCGAUAAAGACGACUCGGACGAGGAAGAAUCAGGCCUGGCGAUGAAGACUAUCCGUCCGGAGAAAGACAACAGCGCUCCGGAAGCGACAUCCACCCCCAGAGAUCACGCCGUAGAUCACGGCGCGGACGAUUCGCCCGCGCUGACCGAGGACAUCCUCGCCGCGCAGCUGAAGUUCAGCUCCUGUCUGAAGAUCCUCACCACGGAGUUACGGACGCUGUCCACGGGAUACGAGCUGGAUGGAGGGAAGCUGCGGCAUCAGCUGUGUCACUGGCUGGAGCGAGCCGUGGCGGCGCUGCAGAGAUGCUGCGGAUACAACCCCUUCCUCCAGCACCUGCCCGAGGGCAUCUCGGCCGACCUGAGCCAGGUGGAGGAUCUGGAGGAGCGGGGCGCGGCGGAGCAGGCCCGAGAGCUGCAGCACCGACGCAGACUGUGGCUGAAGAGGAACCAGCCGCUGCUGCGCAUCUUCCUCAGCUACUGCAGCCUACACGGCUCUCACGGAGGAGGACUGGCCUCCGUCAGGAUGGAGCUCAUUCUGCUGCUGCAGGAGUCCCAGCAGGACGACAGUCUGCAGAUCUCCGUUCCCGCUCCGCAGCCCCUGUCUGUUCCUCUUUUCCUGGCGUGGACCGCCAGCUCCAAAACAGUGGUGGCCAAUCCCAUAGUGCACCUGACCAACCUCACGCAUGACAUACUGCACACCAUCAACGCUCUGGACGCGCCUCCGCACCCGGAUAUCGUCAACAACGAGAUCUACGUGAUGCACACGCUAGCGGCUUCCCUCUCCGCCUGCAUCUAUCAGUGUCUCUGUGACGGACACAGCUACAGCCAUGUGAAUCCCGUCACGGGCAUCACCUACCAGAGCGUCCUGCUUACCCAUCAGCCCCCGGUGAGGAGCGUCAGCAUCGAGGAGGCCAUCCUGCCCAACACCUCUCCUGCGCAGUGGCCUGGUGUGAGCGUCCUGAUGCGGCUGCUGAGCGCGUCCGGAGACGAGAACCAGCCCGGUCUGCCUGUGCUCCUGUGUGAGAUCCUGACCGCCGUCAUCCUCAGCCUCUUCGUCCACGGUCUGGCCACUCACUCCAGCCACGAGCUCUUCCGCAUCCUCAAAAUGACACCCCAUGUGAAUCCGUUCACCUACCAGAGCUACCAGAGCGUCCUGCUUACCCAUCAGCCCCCGGUGAGGAGCGUCAGUGCCCAACUCCUCUCCUGCGCAGUGGCCUGGUGUGAGCGUCCUGAUGCGGCUGCUGAGCGCGUCCGGAACCAGCCACCAGCCCGGUCUGCCUGUGCUCCUGUCAGCACCCUAGCAAACACCCCGGGUACCCUGCCCGCCGUCAUCCUCAGCCUCUUCGUCCACGGUCUGGCCACUCACUCCAGCCACGAGCUCUUCCGCAUCGUCGCUCACCCGCUCAACAGCAGGCUGUGGGUGUCUGUGUUCGGCGGCGGCGCUCGUGUUCCUGUGCCGGAGAAACCCAGCUCACCCACAGUGGAAGAUGUGGAGCGGAAGCAGCGGCGUUCCCGGCUGAGCUCAUCACGCAGUAACUCCAGAGAGGUUCCCGACAGUCCUGUCAGUCCCAGACCCGUGGUGAUGGAGCCGGAAACAUCCAUCUGUAAAGAGCGUUUUGUGCCGCCUGAGCUCAGCAUCUGGGAUUAUUUAAUCGCAAAGCCGUACCUGCCUCCGUCUGCCAGCCGAGUGGAGUACGACUCUGAGGAGAGCCAAGGCAGUGAGGAAGAGGAGGAUGAGGAAGAUGAUGAUGAAGGAGAUUCCUUUGAUUCCGACUCUCCACUGGCAGAGCAUUCCAACAAUAACUCGUACAGCUGGUGUCUGAUGCGCUUGGCCAUGGUGCAGACCAUCCUGGUCAACCUCAAGACCUUCUACCCAAUGGCAGGUCACGACCUCUUAGAUCUGCCCGUGUGCUCGCCGCUCUGUCACGCCGCUCUCAAGACACUCCAGCGCUGGGAGCAGUUGCUGCUCAAGAGGCUGGAGAUUUUUGGAGGUCCUCCGUCGAAGUUCAUCUGCACUCAGCUGCUGGAGGAGAGCGUGUCGUCGGGUCCGGCGCUGCUGCGGCACAAAGCCCUGUUUGAGCCCUCCAACACACCCUUUAGGUCCCGCCAGCGCUCUGCUCUGCCCGUCAGACGGCUGUGGCAGUAUCUGGUCAAACAGGAAGAAGUUCAGGAGACGUUCAUACGAAACAUCUUCACCAAGAAACGAGAUCAGAAUGAGGAGACUGACAGUGUGAAAUGUUCUGUGCCGCUGGAGUCCACACACAAAAAGGUAUCUAACAGAGCUUCUGCUCCUUCAUCUUCAUCAUCAUCAUCAUCAUCAUCAUCCAGUCGUGAGGCUCUUUAA